CUGACAGCGAAACUGGAAGCCAGGCCGUGCCUCUACCUGUCUCCUUCCUUGACCUGGGAUUUAUACCUUUCAUCGGUUUUCUUUUUGCUACCUCAAAAGCUGAUUGGAAAAGGUUAAACAUUUUCCAAAAGCAGUUAUCAAAAAUGACAAGUCUGUUCCGCCGGAGCAGCAGCAAUGGCGGCUCAAGGAACAGUUCUUCUGCCCAGGAACUCAACAACAGCCGCCCUGCCAGGCAGGUGCGGCGGCUGGAGUUUAACCAGGCCAUGGAGGAUUUCAAGACUAUGUUCCCCAAUAUGGAUUACGACAUCAUUGAAUGUGUUUUGAGGGCUAACAACGGAGCUGUGGAUGCCACCAUCGAUCAGCUGUUGCAGAUGAACUUGGAUGGCAGCGGUUAUGAUGACAGCUCGGAUUCAGACGACAGUAUUCCUCCUGAGAUCCUGGAACGGACUCUGGAACCAGAUAGUUCUGAUGAAGAGCCGCCUCCCGUUUACUCACCCCCUUCCUAUGACAUGCACGUCUUUGACAGGCAGUAUCCACAAGCUCCACCGACCCCACCCCCCAGGAUUGAUAUCCAGAAUUCCAGCGGCCCUCAGGUACAACAACGGUACAGGAACUGGAACCCCCCGUUACUAGGCAACCUUCCCGAUGACUUCCUCCGCAUCUUGCCCCAGCAAAUGGACAGGGUACAGAGUUCCCAAAGCUGCCACCAGACUGCCCCGAGCCAGGAAAGCCAGGGACCUCAAGGCUCAUUGGACCAAGAGAGAAAAUGGAAACAGUACCUGGAAGACGAGCGGAUCGCCCUCUUCCUGCAGAAUGAAGAGUUCAUGAAGGAGCUGCAGAGGAAUCGGGACUUCCUCCUUGCUCUUGAGAGAGAUCGACUGAAAUACGAGUCCAAGAAAUCCAAGAUGAGCAGUGUUUCCCUCAGUAAUGAUGCCGGCUUCCCCUCUGCAGCAGCAGAUGACGUCACCCGUUCCUUAAGUGGCGUGGCCAGCGGUGCCAUCUCCGAAGAUGCCUUAUUCAGGGACAAAUUGAAACACAUGGGAAAAUCUACACGCAAGAAGCUCUUUGAACUUGCCAGGGCUUUCUCAGAGAAGACCAAGAUGAGGAAGUCAAAAAGAAAACAAUUGCUGAAACAUCAGGUGAUGGGGACAGCAGCCUCGACAGCCAAUCUUCUUGAUGAUGUGGAAGGACAUUUGUGUGAUGAAGAUGUCCAGGGAAGAAGAAGACAGUUAGAUGUGGAAGCAGAAACAUCCCGAGAAGCACAGUAAGGUCCUGAACUGGUCUUUGAUCAGCAAAUUGGAAAAGAAACAACAAGGUG